UCAAAUUUUAAUUGGUGCACAACAAAGUUAACAAACUUAGAAAAAUCAAAUUCUGUCAUUUCAACCAAUGAAAUUUGAACAUGUCAUUGAGUUUAUCAACCAUGACCUACCUCAACAUUGCCUCCCUUAUCUUUAUCUCACCAAAACAAACCCUAAUUCACCCCCCUCCUUCUAGUUACUUAAACCCAUAAAAUAAUGAAAAAGCGGUUGAUUUCAUAGAAGCCAAAGGCCAGUUUUCAAACAACCCAACAAAUUUACCAUUGCUAAAACUUCACCAAGCCAUAGAAAUUCACCUUCUUUUCAGGAAAAUUUCAGCUGUAAUUACCAAGAGAACUCAUGCUGGAAACCUCAGUUUUAUUGGAAAAUUCUGCUCCUGCGGCUGUUAGUGGGGCUGAGGGUGGUAGUGGAGUUGUUGGUGGUGGCGCUGGCGGUGGUGGGUCAGUUUCCGAUGGGUCUGGGGAGGAGGAAAGGCGGAGAGGGGAAGAUGGUGACCGGAAUUUCGCCGGUAAUAGGUGGCCUCGGGAAGAGACUUUGGCUUUGUUGAAGAUAAGGUCUGAUAUGGAUGUGGCAUUUCGUGACUCACCUGUCAAAGCUCCUCUUUGGGAUGAGGUUGCUAGGAAAUUGGCUGAGCUUGGGUACCACCGAAGUGCCAAGAAAUGCAAAGAGAAGUUCGAGAACAUCUAUAAAUACCAUAAAAGAACCAAAGAAGGUCGAUCUGGUCGACAAAAUGGCAAAAAUUAUCGAUUUUUCGAUCAAUUGGAGGCUUUUGGCACCCAAUCUUCCCCACUUCCAUCGCCGCUCUUCAACAAAAUUGAAGCAGAAACUUCGAAAAUGACAAUGGCAAUGCCUAUGACAAUGGUAAAUCCCAUAAGUGUUUUUCAAGAUGUUUCAACUCCGCUAUGUUCAAUCCAAAACCAGAUUGCAGAGCCCAUGUCCACCUCCACAUCCACUACUUCCUCGUCGGGGAAAGAAUCCGAAUGCAAUGCUAGGAGAAAGAGAAAAUUGGGGGAUUAUUUUGAGAGAUUAAUGAAGGAAGUGUUGGAAAAGCAAGAGAAUUUACAGAAUAAGUUCAUGGAAGCAAUUGAAAAAUGCGAAAGGGAUCGGAUUGAGAGAGAAGAAGCUUGGAAGAGGCAAGAAAUGGCUAGAAUUAAGAAAGAACAAGAGGUGCUUGCUCAUGAACGCGCCGUUGCAACAGCCAAGGAUGCUGCUGUUAUUGCAUUCUUGCAAAAAAUCUCCGAUCAGGAGAUCCCGGUGCAGUUGCCGGAAAACCCAAUGCCAGAAAACUCAAUUCCAUCUGAGAAAAUUAUUGACAAACAAGAGAAUAAUUUUGGCGAGAAUUAUUUUCAAUUGAGCUCUUCAAGAUGGCCUAAGGCAGAAGUUGAAGCGUUGGUCAGGAUUAGGACCAAUCUUGAUUUGAAAUAUGAAGAAAAUGGACCCAAAGGGCCAUUGUGGGAGGCGAUCUCAGCAGAAAUGAAGAAGCUUGGGUAUGAUAGAAAUGCAAAGAGGUGUAAAGAGAAAUGGGAGAAUAUAAACAAGUACUUCAAAAGAGUGAAAGAAAGCAAUAAGAAAAGACCGGAAGAUGCAAAAACAUGCCCUUAUUUCCAUCUUCUUGAGCCUCUCUAUGAGAAGAAGUCCAAGAAAUUUGAUAAUUCAGAUGGGUCUAGCAGUAAUUUGAAGCCGGAAGACAUAUUAAUGCAAAUGAUGGGUGAGAGAGAAAAUGUUCAUCAGAACCAAGAAAAUGACGAAGAUGCUGAAGAAGAAGAAGAUGACGACGAUAAUGGAGAUGAUUAUCAGAUUGUUGCUAAUAAUCAUUCUUCAGUGACAACCAUGGAGUGAGGAGACAAGAGAGAGAAACUUGUGGAUCAAAGCUGUUGUGGGUUGUGCUCCAUCUUUUGAGAAAUGGGUCAGAGAGUGAAUGCUUCUUGGAGAUGUGGGUCAGAUUCCGGUUGGUUUUCUGAGGUGGGAAUGAGUACUUUAUUUUGGUACAUCAAUGAAUGCACACUUUGAGAAGUGGCAUCUUUUGAGUAACUUUGAGGUUGAGUGAUGUGUUUAUAGUGUAUUUAUCAUUUAUUGUUAGAGAGAGAGAGAGUAAUGUAUUAGUGUGAUGUAAUAUAAUACACCUCUUGCUUUUUUAAUAGGUCACACCCUUACACCUCCAUGUGUGCAAAAGUUGAAAACGAUUGGUUGUGGUUGUUUGUAUCAAAAGAUUGAACAUCAUCAGCAAUUAUCAACUUAUGAAAGUGUUGCAUUUUGAGUGGUGAUAACAUGGCCCUAAAGGUUUACUAGCCACAAAACCACUUCGUUU